GGUAAAAAAACCAAAAAAGAGAAAAAGAAAGGAAAAGAAAAAGUGGGUAUCAUUUUCGGUUGUUUUUUGCUUUGCAUCUCUUUCUCUUUCUUUUAUGUAUUAUCAAUUAUCAUCAUAUAUUUAUGAACUGAUAGGGAAGAAAAAUAGCAAAGAAAUUUGAGUCUGACAAGAUCUGCAAAACUAUAUACAGUCAUACACCUAAAAGCCUAAAAAGACAUAGUUUUUUUUUCUUUUUCUUCCAUGAUAGGCAUUUAGACAGAACGUGUGCUGACUCUCACAGAUAUGCAUCUUCUCUCGUGUGUUUUUAGCCAUAAUUGGAUUGGAAUAUGAUCAAAUCUAUCAUCUCAAUACCUUAGUUUGAGAUGGCGACGUACUUUCAUGGAAGCUCAGAUUUCCAGGCUGCUUCAGCUGAUGGGAUGCAAACGCUUUAUCUCAUGAACCCCAACUACGUUCCCUACGCUGACACACACCAACAACCAUCGGCUGCCACUAACAUGUUCUUCUUAAACCCCACAAGCUUACCCCAAGCACCACCGCCUAACCAUCAUCAGCGUUUCCUUGGUCUCCCUCUCCCAACACCAUCCACCGCCAUCAAACCGCUCAAUUCCGACGAUCCCCACCGUCCAUCCCCCCUUCAAGGUGUAGUCCCCGGUUUCCACUCUAACUUAUGGGGUUCAAGUGUUGAUCAUCAGAAUUCCCCAGGAAGUAGCCAUCCGCAGGUUGUGUCGGCAGCAGCUACAGGAGAUAACUCUGGUGGGUCCCAUGAUGUUGCGUCGCAGUCGGGGUUUCAACGGCCGGUGGUGUCCCCAAGGCAAGGUUUGUCCCUAAGUCUAUCAUCCCAACAAGUGGGUUAUAGGUCAAGUAAUAAUGUUGAAACAGACAUACAAGGACAACCUCAAGUUCCUACUAUGUCACUGGGUGAAGAUGUGAGGAUAUCAGGGAACUCGCCGUCGUCGGUUUCCGUUGUUUCGAAUGGGAUUUCUGGGGCUCAGAGUGUGGUUUUGGGGUCAAAGUACUUGAGAGCUGCACAAGAGCUUCUUGAUGAAGUCGUUAAUGUGGGGAAAGGGAUAAAGACGGACGUGUCUGAGGGGACCAAGGAAGAGAAGAUAAAGGUGAACAAAGAAUCGGUGGCUGGAGAGGGUUCAAGCGCUGGUGAAAAUGGGGCUAAACGUGGAGCUGAGCUCACCACAGCUCAAAGACAGGAGCUGCAGAUGAAGAAAGCUAAACUUGUCAGUAUGCUUGAUGAGGUGGAGCAAAGAUACAGACAGUACCAUCAUCAAAUGCACAUAGUAGUAUCUUCGUUCGAGCAGGUAGCGGGAUUGGGCGCGGCAAAAUCCUACACAGCCCUUGCUUUGAAGACAAUAUCGAAGCAAUUCAGGUGUCUGAAAGAUGCAAUAUCAGGACAAAUGAAAGCCACAAGCAAGAGUUUAGGAGAAGAGGAUUGCUUAGGAGCAAAAGUGGAGGGUUCGAGACUAAGGUACGUUGACCAUCAGCUCCGACAACAGCGAACGUUGCAGCAGUUGGGGAUGAUCCAACACAAUGCUUGGAGACCCCAAAGAGGAUUGCCUGAACGUGCUGUUUCCGUUCUUCGUGCUUGGCUUUUCGAGCAUUUCCUUCAUCCGUAUCCUAAAGAUUCAGACAAACAUAUGCUUGCCAAACAAACAGGGCUCACAAGAGGCCAGGUUUCAAACUGGUUCAUAAAUGCUCGAGUUCGACUUUGGAAGCCAAUGGUUGAAGAAAUGUAUUUGGAGGAAGUGAAGGAACAAGAAAGGAAUGGCAGCGAAGUGAAGGCAAACAGAAGUGUGCAAAAGGAGUCAGAAUCCAGCUCUAGUGCCCAUCAAGAAAAUGUGUCAUUUAUGAUGAAUCAAGUUAAAGCUCAAUCCCAGCCCGAGAAAUCCAUCAACCAGCAGCAGAAUAUGCCCCCAACUGAAUUUUCUAACUCCACAAUGGGAGGCUCCUUUCUUCCACAAACAGCCACUGCCUUCAAUCUCAUUGGAUCAUGUGACCUUGAUAGCGCAGCUCAAAGAAGCCCCAAAAAGCCAAGGAGUAGCGUCAAUGAGUUACAAAAUUCUCCUAGUAGCAUCCUUUCAAUGGACAUGGAAAUGAAGCAAGGUGAAACAAGGGAAAUAAACAUGAAUUUCGGUGAUGAAAGGCUGCCCAAGGACAGCUACUCGUUUUUUACUGGAACUGAUAAUACCGGUAGUGGAUUUCCCACAUACAGUGCCAUGGGAGAUAUCGGGAGGUUCGACCCCAACCAGUUGACACAAAGGUUUCAUGGAAACAGUGUUUCGCUCACCCUUGGUCUUCCCCAUUGUGAGAACCUGUCUCUCUCGGGGAACCACCAGAGCUUGCUAUCGAACCAGAACAUUCAGCUAGGAAGAAGGUUAGAAUUAGGGCAAAGCGAAGUAGAUUUCUGCGGGAUCAACAACACUCAACAAGCUUCUCAUUCCAGUACCUUUGAGAUGCAAAACAGGAAAAGGUUUGCUGCACAAUUGUUGCCGGAUUUUGUUGCAUGAAACCAAACCCAACUUCAAUUCUAUCGGCCAAAUUCUACUUUUAUUCCCCCUUCUCCAAACACUUGAGGUCUGAGAAAGCGUGAAAAAUCAGUUUCAAUUUCUAUAUCCUGCUUUGCUAUACGGUAAAGGAAAGAUGGAUAGUUUAUAUCUAGGUAAUUCGUAUAUAUUCUUACGUAGUUUAGACAUGAAUUAGUAAGGUUGAGCAUUGUAUAUCAUAUUGAUACAAUUCCAUUUUAUAUAAUAUAUGAAUAUGAAAGAACGGUUAUCAGGUGCACUCAA